AUGCAGUUUGCUAUAGUAAUGUUUAAAGAGUCAAGUUUAACAGUACCCCUACCAAGCGACUACAGAGUACCCCUACAGAGCAAGAGUUUCCGUUGUAAUACAAGCCUUAGAUCAGAUCAACGGACUCACACAGGAGAGAAACCAUUUACAUGUGUGGAGUGUAGAAAGAGCUUCAGUUAUAGUGGAAACCUGAGAAUACAUCAACAGACUCACAUAGGUAAGAAACUAUUUAAAUGUAUCAAGUGUGGAAAGAGCUUUAGUGAAAAUGGAAGCCUUGGGAAACAUCAACGGACUCACACAGGAGAGAAACCAUUUCAAUGUAUGGAGUACAGUAACUGCUUCACUCAGAGUGGAAAUCUUAGAAAACACCAGCAGACACACAGGGGAGAAAGUAUUUAA